AUGUUCAUCCUUACCACCAUCUCCGAUCUGAUCCAGAUCGCCCCCCAAGACUUCGCCAAAUUCAGUGCAGUAGCUAUUGAGGAUAAUAUCAACCAGAAAUAUGCCAACAAAGUCAUUCAAAAGAUCGGCUUAUGUAUCAGCUUCUAUGAUAUGCUAGAAUCCUCAGAUGGUCUGAUUGGCCAUGGAACCGGUCUCGUCAAUGUUAACGUCACAUUUCGGAUGAUUGUAUUUCGCCCUUUCAAGGGCGAGAUCAUGCUCGGAAAGAUUGCAAGUGGUACGGAAAAUGGGAUCAAGAUCGGCGUUGAGUUCUUCAAUGACAUCUUGAUCCCCCCACCCCUCCUUCUUGACGGUGCCAAGUUUGACUAUACCGAUCAGGUAUGGACCUACGAGAGUGAAGAUGGCACCCUGCUCUAUUUCGACGUGGGUGAAAUUGUCCGGUUUCGUAUCGAGACAGAGGAAUGGCAUGAUCAGAUUCCCACCGGACCAGAGGGAGAGAACACCAAUACUGACCGGAAGCCUCCAUAUUCGAUCAUUGGCUCGAUGCAAAUGGGUGGCCUUGGGCCCAUUACAUGGUGGUAA